CCCGCCCCACCCGAAAAGAUUGGGGUUUGAAGACAAGUGAGGAUCCUGCCCCGAUUCCAGUGGUCCACGACUCCUCCUCCUGUCGUUGCUGGCGUGAUUCCUGGGACUCAGAUGGACCACACAUCCCCAACCUACAUGCUUGCUAACUUAACCCACUUGCAUUCUGAACAACUUCUGCAGGGCUUGAAUCUUCUUCGUCAACAUCACGAGCUCUGUGACAUCAUUCUUCGUGUUGGUGAUGUUAAAAUCCAUGCUCACAAAGUGGUACUUGCCAGCAUCAGUCCAUAUUUCAAAGCUAUGUUCACUGGAAACCUUUCUGAAAAAGAGAACAGUGAGGUUGAGUUUCAGUGCAUUGAUGAAACUGCUCUCCAGGCCAUUGUGGAGUAUGCCUAUACAGGAACUGUUUUUAUUUCACAGGACACAGUUGAAUCUCUCCUUCCAGCAGCAAACCUACUCCAGAUAAAACUUGUCCUGAAGGAAUGUUGUGCAUUUCUUGAAAGCCAGCUUGAUCCUGGUAAUUGUAUCGGAAUUUCUCGUUUUGCAGAGACAUACGGUUGUCAUGACCUUUAUUUGGCAGCUACUAAAUACAUAUGCCAGAAUUUUGAAGCUGUUUGCCAGACUGAAGAGUUUUUUGAACUUACACAUGCUGAUUUGGAUGAAAUUGUUUCCAAUGACUGUUUGAAUGUAGCUACCGAAGAGACUGUUUUUUAUGCACUUGAGUCUUGGAUCAAGUACGAUGUACAAGAACGUCAGAAAUACUUAGCACAGCUACUUAAUAGUGUGAGAUUACCAUUGCUGAGUGUUAAGUUUCUCACUAGACUUUAUGAAGCAAAUCAUCUUAUUCGUGAUGAUCGUACUUGUAAACAUCUUUUGAAUGAAGCCCUAAAGUACCACUUUAUGCCUGAACAUAGACUCUCUCAUCAGACUGUCCUGAUGACACGACCUCGCUGUGCUCCCAAAGUACUUUGUGCUGUAGGAGGAAAAUCUGGACUAUUUGCCUGUUUGGAUAGUGUGGAGAUGUACUUUCCUCAGAAUGACUCUUGGAUUGGUUUGGCACCCCUAAACAUUCCUCGCUAUGAAUUUGGAAUAUGUGUUUUAGACCAAAAAGUGUAUGUUAUAGGUGGUAUUGAAACUAACGUGCGUCCUGGCAUCACUAUCAGAAAGCAUGAAAAUUCAGUAGAAUGCUGGAAUCCUGAUACAAAUACCUGGACUUCUCUUGAGAGAAUGAAUGAAAGCCGAAGUACCCUUGGAGUAGUAGUACUUGCAGGAGAACUUUAUGCUUUAGGUGGUUAUGAUGGACAAUCUUAUUUACAAUCUGUAGAGAAAUAUAUUCCUAAAAUAAGAAAAUGGCAACCUGUGGCACCAAUGACUACAACAAGAAGCUGUUUUGCUGCAGCCGUGUUGGAUGGAAUGAUAUAUGCCAUUGGUGGGUAUGGUCCUGCCCACAUGAACAGUGUGGAGCGUUAUGACCCAAGUAAGGACUCCUGGGAGAUGGUUGCAUCUAUGGCAGAUAAAAGGAUUCACUUUGGUGUGGGUGUCAUGCUAGGCUUUAUUUUUGUGGUGGGUGGACAUAAUGGUGUCUCACAUUUGUCAAGCAUUGAAAGAUAUGACCCUCAUCAGAAUCAGUGGACUGUAUGUAGACCAAUGAAAGAACCCAGAACAGGGGUUGGUGCUGCAGUAGUUGAUAACUACCUUUAUGUAGUUGGUGGUCACUCAGGGUCUUCCUAUCUGAAUACCGUGCAGAAAUAUGACCCUAUCUCAGAUACGUGGCUGGAUUCAGCUGGCAUGAUAUACUGUCGCUGCAACUUCGGAUUAACUGCACUUUGACAAGUGUGGACUGGUGGGAAUCGUGUGGUGAUGAACCUUGUGCCACAUGAAAGGAUGCCCCAUUUUCUGAAAUCCAAAAGCUACAUUACUUUCUUUUUAACUUGAAAUGGCAUGAAGACUCAAGGUUCUGUUGGGUACUUUGAAUUGACAAGUAGCUUUGGUUGCUCUUGAUUAUACAGUGAAUCAAUAAUCAAAAAAAAAAAAAAAAAGGAAAGAUCUUGCCAAUUUAAUUGUGCACUUUUUCCCCUAAUACUGGCAUAGAGUAGUUUUAUGUUCAUUAGUGUACAUGUGGAGAAAAUCUUGCUGCUUUAAAAAAAAUUAGCUCUCCUUCUUUCUUAAUAUAUGCACCAUGAUUUACUACGAUGAGAGAUGCUUAGAUGUGGGAGUGUAUUGAAAGGCUAGACAGAAUGCUGAUACUGUCUGUUGGAUAUAAAUUCAUAUGCUUCACAUUUUAAACAAAUAAAGGGCUGCUUUUUUGAGGGGGGUACUUUUAAGGAUUGUAAAUUAUAUACCGUAGUGAGUCACCUGGAUAUUCUUCCUACGAAAUGGCUUUAGGGCUGGAGAUGUAAUAAGUUUGCAAAACAAAUGCUUUUACUGUCAUCAUUUUUUGGAGGCUUAUAUUAAGAAGCCAGAUAUUUCCUGUUUAUGCCUUUUUUAUAGGGCAGGUUAAUGCUGGAUGAAUUUAGUUACUUACCUGUGCUAUGCUAAGCAUGGAUAGAAAGUUAAGCAUAUCAGUUUCAGUUUUAUUUUUUUCAUAGUACAGUGGAUUCCCAGUGUUGAUGUAAAUAUUUGACAAAUGUUUAGUACCACCCUUAGUAAUACUGAUUUUUUCUACAUAUCCUUAUAAUAAUUUUAGUUUUUUAAGACCCUUAGUUGCUUUUUCACAGUGUUCAGAUAUAAAAAUGGUGCUAACUGUAGGAUCUGUAACAAGGCUAUAAUAAUGUUCUUUUGGAUGUUCAGUAUGAGAUAUGCAUGACAUGUUUUAAUAGUAUUUUUUUUUCAUUUUUACUGGCAUGGUUUGUGCUUAUUAAAAAUGUUAGUGAUUAUGCUAAUUUUAACAUUCAAAAAUCAUCUAAAUGGCCCAUGUUAUAUUUUUCAUGGUUCUUGAGUAGUGAUUUUUAAAAAGAUGCAUUUUUUAUCUUCUUCUAGUGCUAGAUAUAUGUCCUUUUUAAAGACAAAUAUAUGCAUUAAAUAUAAAGCACUAGGCAGUUAUGCAUUACUUUGUACACUUCUUAGGUAAUUGGAUAUUUUAAAGUUACUGAGGAAAACUGGAACUCAAUGUUUACUUGAGUAAUCGUUCUAAAUUUGGUUCUACUUUGACUAAAGAAACAAGCAAGACUGUUUGCUAUAGCCAGUGACAGCUUAUUUAAAAUAAGUGGUCAGCUCAUUUUGUUUAGCAUGUUUUAGAAAAUAUCUGUUAGUCUUGAAUAUAUUACUUUGCAUUUUAUUAGGAUAUCGGUACUUAUAAUUUUUGGUACUGUAGUUGUGUAAUUUUCUUUUCUUUGAUUUUUUUUAAACCUGCUUAUUAUCUCUAUAGUCUCCGCAAAACCAGUGUAUAUUUGUUUCCUAAGAAAAAAUUCAUACUGCAUUCUUAAGUGCCAUAAUAUUCCAAGCUGUUGUUAAGAAGCCAUUUGUAAUUAUAAAACAUAGGUUUGUUCAUUUAGCAUCUAUGUUACUAUGUGUAGCCUGGCAAUUUGCAGUUUUUCUUGUUCUUCCAUAAACUGCCAGUGUAGAUUUAAAAUAUAGUACAAAACUAUGUAAAGUCAUCUUUAAUCAUGUAAGUAGUAUGCUUUAUGAAUAUUUGCACAGAUUAUAAAACCUUGCAAGUGAUUUUUAGUCUCUUCCUAAUAAGAACUUAACAGGAGCUACUAAUAACAUUGACAGGCUGAGUAUUUUCUAUGUUGCUUGUUUGAAUAACAUAAUGAUAUAUAGCAAUAACUUUUUAAUUGAUUUGAAUAAACCUAUUGAAUAGAAACAAGGUGCACUAUUGUGAUUGGGCUAGACUUUAUUUAAAGAAAAGCAAUUUAAUCACUUCUCGGCCUUUUGGCUAAGAU